AUGAUGCUAUCCUUGCUGCCAUGUACUGGUGAGCCUGCUGCUCCAGGUGCUGGUGAGUCUGCUCUCUCAGGUAGUGCGCGUGCUGAGGCCUUGCACACUUUCACUCUUGACUACGGUGCUUCCCGCUCUUUCUUUCGCGACAGCACCACACUCACACCGCCCAGUCGGCCGGUUGCUGUCUCCCUGGCGAACCCCUCUGGGGGCCCAGUCCUUGCACACUCCUCUACUGUUCUGCCGUGUCCGGCGGUCCCGUCUGGCUCACUGUCGGGUCUCCACCUCCCCUCAUUCUCUACGAUCUUGGUAUGGCCUCCCGUGUCCUUGUCACUGGUCUCUCCCGGUCUCUCCCUCCCCUCCCACCGGGGCCUGCCCCUACCUGCGUUCCUUGCAUCGAGGGACGGCAGCGCGCCGCUCCUCACUCCUCCGAGUUCCCUCCGACGGAGGCUCCCCUGCAGACUCUACAUGGACGUGUGGGGCCCAGCCCGCGUCCGUGGACAGGGUCUCGAGCGUUACUUCUUGCUGGUCGUUGACGACUACUCGCGUUACACCACAGUCUUCCCCUUGCGUCGCAAGGGUGAGGUCACUGAGGUGCUGAUCGACUGGAUCCGCGCUGCCCGUCGCCAGCUCAGCGAGAGUUUUGGCUCGGACCUUCCUGUUCUACGUCUGCACUAUGACAGAGGUGGAGAGUUUUCCUCCGACCUUCUGCAGGCCUUUUGUCGUGCGGAGGGCAUCCGCCAGACGUUCACGCUUCCGGCCUCCCCACAGCAAAAUGGGAUUGCUGAGCGCCGCAUUGGCAUGGUCAUGGACGUCGCUCGUACGUCCAUGAUCCAUGCGGCUGCUCCCCAUUUUCUGUGGCCAUUCGCGGUUCAGUACGCUGCGCAUCAGCUCAACCUCCAGCCCCGUGUCUCCGUUCCGGAGACCACACCUGCUCUGCGGUGGACGGGGAAGGUUGGCGAUGCGUCUGUUUUCCGUGUCUGGGGAUCUUGA